UCUGCUCCGGCAGUCGCGAGUCGGCCGCCGCGUUGUAUGUUUGCCGGGACGUGCGUCGCUCCGGCCGGGUUUGUUUGUGUACCUCGGAAGAAUCCACGAGUCGUCGAUCCGACGCAACAGUGCUUACGCUCUGAAAGCUGUAUCUUACUCGAAGAGAUUCUCCGUGCGCAUAGUGUCGGAUUUUAGCGGAAAAAAAGAAACUAGUGCAACGCAGUGCUGGUGUGUGAUGACUGAGCAGCGACUUUGCGUUGCCGGUUGAGUAUUGAAAAAAAAUAUUGCAGUGAUCGGAUGCACAAAGUGAUCGACGCGAGGAUUGUCGAUUGAGAAAAGAGUGGGUGUGUGUUUGUGCGCCGGCAAAUCCGUCUCGCUGUCCCUAACUCCCUGCGCGAGCAGAACAGAGCAGGACUUUUGACUGUGGGGGCCGCGAGUUUGCUGUUAUCGGCGUCGGUAUGGCGACAGGGCCCCGCAGCGUGAUAUCGCGCGGCGCCGCUGGUCGACUGCAGCCCGCGAUUAUCUUUUAAUCCGUUUUCGAGGAUUAUCGAAAAACUCGCUCCUGCAUCUCUCCGCGCUACAAUCAACGACACCGAGCAGCGAGUAAUGUGUGUGUGUUGCAACUGAGUGUUAUUAUUGUUGCUUGCUGGUGAUAAGCAAACGGUUCUACCCGCAAGUGUUCUCCCACUGCACAGCAUCAUGUCCGCAGCGAAGAUGCAGCGCCGACUCGGCUUGGAGCUCCUGGUCCUGCUGGCCGUCUUCGCAUCUGUCGCCAAAGGACAAUACAGAUCGCCGCGGAUCACGGAGCACCCCUCGGACAUCACGGUGGCGAAGCACGAGCCGGUCACGCUGAACUGCAAGGCCGAGGGCAAGCCCAAGCCGGAGAUCGAGUGGUACAAGGACGGCGAGCUUGUGCAGACCUCGCCCUCGGACUCGCACCGAGUCCUCCUGCCCACGGGCUCGCUCUUCUUCCUCAGAGUCAUCCACGGCAAGAAGGAGCAGGACGGAGGCGUCUACUGGUGCGUCGCCAAGAACCAGGCCGGCAGCGCGACGAGCCGCAACGCCACACUCACCGUAGCAGUACUGCGAGAUGAGUUCCGAGCGGAGCCGCAGAACACGAGGGUGGCCGCCGGAGAGACUGCGCUGCUGGAGUGCGGCCCGCCGCGGGGCCACCCCGAGCCCGUUCUCCAGUGGAAGAAGAACGGACACACCAUAGACCUCGAGAGCAAUAAACGGAUGUCGUUGGUCGACGGAGGCAACCUCAUGAUCACCGACGUCAAGCAGUCGGACCAAGGAAAGUACCAGUGCAUCGCCUCAAACAUCGUCGGCGUCCGGGAGUCCGACGUGGCCGCGCUCACCGUCAACGUGAAACCCUACUUCCUGAAGACCCCGUCCAACCAGACGAUCCUGCUGGACCAGACGGCCGAGUUCGCGUGCCGCGUGGGCGGCGACCCUCCGCCCGAGAUCCUCUGGCGCAGACACGACGGCAAGAUGCCGAUCGGCCGCGGCCACAUCCUCGACGACAAGAGCCUGCGGAUCGAGCGCGUCAUGCAGACUGACCAGGGCACCUACAUCUGCGAGGCCGAGAACGGCGUCGGGGCCAUCUCCGCCAGCGCCACGCUCACCGUGCACUCCCGGCCGGUGUUCACGAACUUCCCGAAGGACGAGUCGGUCAGCCCGGGCUCGGACGUGACGUUCGCCUGCUCGGCCCGGGGCGUGCCCUCGCCCUCGAUCUUCUGGACGCGCGAGGGCUCGCAGGAGCUCAUGUUCCCCGGGCACUCGUACCAGGAGCGCUACACCGUCGGCGAGGACGGCAGCCUGCACAUCAAGCAGGUCGUGCGCAAGGACGAGGGCCACUACGUCUGCAGCGCCAUCAGCCAGGUCGGCGCGACCACCGCCACCGUCUUCCUCGCGGUGACGUCGACCGAGGAGGUGCCGCCGCCGAUAAUCGAGCUGGGCCCGGCGAACCAGACGCUGCCGCAGAAGAGCGCGGCCUCGCUGCCGUGCCGCGCGGUCGGCAGCCCGACGCCCAAGAUCAACUGGCACAAGGACGGCCAGCUGGUGCAACUGGGCAAGCGCAUCACCAUGGCGAGCAACGGCACGCUCUUCAUCGAGGAGCUGCAGAAGGCCGACGCGGGCAUGUACACCUGCAUCGCCUCCUCGGAGUCGGGCAACACCUCCUGGUCGGCCGCGCUGAGCGUGAGCGCGAGCACGACGCUGCACCGCACGCCCGACGUGUCGGAGCUGCCGCAGAACCCGAGCAAGCCGCGCAUCGUCAACACGACCAGCAGCUCGGUCACCAUCACCUGGAGCCCCGGCCAGGAGGGCGCGAGCAAGAUCCUCGGCUACCACGUCGAGUACUUCAGCAGCAACCUCAACACCGGCUGGGUCCUCGCGGCGAGCGGUGUCGCCGAGGACACCUACACCGUGACCGAGCUCAAACCCGACACGAACUACGUGUUCCUCGUGCGCGCGGAGAACAGCCACGGGCUCUCGCUGCCGGGCCCCCUCUCGGACGUCGCGCACACGAUGAGCGUCGACCAGCAGCACGCGGUGCCCCAGACCGAGCUGAUCCGCGCGCGCGACCGCCUCAACAGCGAAAUCCUCCAGCUGAGCGAGGUGAACCCGCUGAGCAGCAGCAGCGUCAAGAUCAUCUGGGACAUCCUCGGCGCGCCCGACCUCGUCGACGGGCUCUACAUCCGCUACCGCGAGAUGUCGGACCAGCCGCCCGAGUACCAGAUGGUCACCGUCAUGAACGCCGGCGCCACCAGUUACGUCCUCUCCGGCCUGAAGAAGUACACGCGCUACGAGUUCUUCCUCGUGCCCUUCUACAAGACCAUCGAGGGCCGGCCGAGCAACGUCAAGCUCGCCAUGACCCUCGAGGACGUGCCCUCCGCGCCCCCGGAGAACGUCCACGUCGGCAUGAUCAACUCGACCUCGGCCUUCGUGCGCUGGGCCCCGCCGCCCAGGGCCCACCACAACGGCCAGCUCGUCGGCUACAAGAUCCAGAUCAAGAGCAACAGCAGCAACAAGAUCCUCGGCCAGAUGUCGCUCAACGCCUCGACCACCUCGGUCAUCAUCAACAGCCUGUCGACCGGCGGCCUCUACACGGCCCGCGUGGCCGGGCUCACGCACGCCGGGCCCGGGCCCUUCUCCAGCCCGACCCUGCUCAACAUGGACCCGGGCCAGCUGAGCCAGCACCCGCCGCGCACCGACCCCAACCACGCCGGCAACUCCGUCGUCAAGGAGACCUGGUUCCUCGUGCUCAUGGUCAUGAUGGUCAUCAGCGUGAUAGCCGCCCUCCUCGGGGCCCUCUACGUCAAGCGCCGCCAGGCGAUGAGCAAGCAGCUGGGCCACCUGAACGUCCCCGUCGGCACGGCCAACGACAUCUGCCAGCUGAACAAGGACACGCUCUGGCUCGAGCGCGGCUGGCGGCCCACCAACAGCCUGCAGAGCGCCGCCGACAAGGACUGCGAGACCAAGCUGCUCAACAACCACAUGCUCGCCCCGGGCAUCGUCAGCAUGGCCGGCUCCGAGUACGCGGAGGUCAACCUCACGACCUUCUACAACACGCGCAAGCCCUCGGCGCCGCCCGAGCCCUACGCCACGACGACGCUCUGCGUGGCCAACCGCAGCCCGGACUCCAUGGAGACGAGCGGCCAGAAGUCCAACUCGAGCGACUCCUGCGUCAAGCCCGACUACUCGAGCCUCGAGUCCGCCCAGGAGCACAACAAGUCGACCAUGUCGCCCAGCAGCGACAACGCCAGCAGCGUCUACACCGACGAGAACGUGGAGCACCAGCAGCGCGCGCGGCCGGCCUACCGCCAGAACCAGCAGCAGCAGCAGCAGUCCGAGAGCCAGUCGCAGCAGCAGCUGCAGAGCCUGCCCAACUGGUGCGACAUGCUGCCGCCUCCGCCGGAGCACCCGCCACCCUCGGGCAACUCGCUCUCGAGCCGCAUGGCUGGCCAACAGAGCGCCGCGUUCAGCCCGCACCUCGGCAAGCGCAGCGCCACCCAGAACGGCCUCGACUGCAACUCCCAGACGAGCAAGUCCCAGAGCCCGCCCACGCCGCCGGUGCGCGUCGGCCAGAACAGCUUCUCCGGCUCGCCGACCCCGUGGAACGGCCACGAGGGCUCCAGCAACGGCCUCCAGGGCCGCUACACGACGCUGCCGCCCCAGACGAACCCGCCGCCCGUGCCCUCCUUCCCCCAGGGCUUCAACCACUACGACGUCUACAAGGCCCAGGAGAACGAGUAUGAGAGCGGCUCGCUCAUCUACGGCCACCAUCAGAACGGCCUGCUCGGCUGCGGCGGCGGCGACGACUUCCGCGCGCAGGACCCUUUCGGCAACGCGGCCCGCAUCCCCAGCAGCCACGCGGCCAGCGUCAACGGCGAGGAGGCCUUCCGACUGAACGGCGGCGCCGCCGACAUGUUCAGCGGGCGCAACGACAACCUCUACCAGCCGGACAACGACGAGUGGGACCGCAAGUCCUGCGACUCCAACACCCACUCGGACAUGUGCUGCUCCUGCUCCGAGUCGAGCUGCCUCUACGCCGACACGAUCGAGUACAACAACCAGUUCGCCCCCUCGGCGAUCCAGCUGAACCCGGCCUCCUGCGGCAACAGGGGCACCACCGGCUCCCACAGGUCACGCAACAACAGGAGCCCCAGGCGGCGAAACAGGUCCUCCUCGCCCACCUACAGCACCGACAGCAACUACUCCUGCAUUCCCCAGAGACCCUGUCCGUCCGUCAACUCGCAGGACAGGCUCAGGCACAACCGCAGCAAAGACAAAGUGCCCAGCUUCUCGAGGACCGAUCUCUACCAGCAGCACAACUCGGCGUCGAACUCGAUAGGCAGCUCCGGCAGUCAGCGCUACAACAAGCUCAACAGCCUCUUCAUGACCGGCACCAACGGCAGCAAUCCUUCCGAAGCGGGUCGUCUCAGCGAUCACCGCGACAGUUAAAUCUCUUGCCGCUACACUUGCUACCACCGCGUAAACUUGCAACAUCAACCAGAGCAUCAGCAACGACGAGGGACGCGCGGCGAUCACGAGAAAGUAUAAUACUCAUCGCGCUGUAAAUAGAUGGCUCGCGAGCUCUCUUGUGACGAACCGGCGAGACGCGGAGAAAUCAUAAAGAUUGAAUCUUACAAUUUUUCCGGUGAUCAACGAAGAUCCAUUUUUCUACGACGAGGAUCUUCUAGCCGAGCAUUAGCGGGCUGCCCGCGGGCUCGUUUGCAAAUCUCGAAAGCGUUGUUAUAUCGAUGAAGGAAAGAGAGAAAAAUGUAAAAAAAGAAACGUGAAGCUUUUUGUUUUUCUCGGUAUCCGAGGCUCGAUUCCGGAUUCGACUCUGCGCGAACCCCCGGCUGAAUCGACGAUCGAUGUAGCGUCGCCAAAAAGGAUGCAUAUUAUUUUCGAUAUAAACGUUCCUAAAUCUUUUUACACGGCGACACGUGGUAUAAUCGCACAGACACUUGCGCGAGUUUCUUCCAGAGCGAAUUAACUACUGAACACUUACUUACACGCAUUGCGACGAUAAUUAAUGAAAAGUAAGCGACUAAAGCGUUUAAUGUGCAUAAUCAUAUCAGAUGAUUUUUUGUAAACAUUGUACAGUGACGAAAAAAAUGAAUAUAGUCAUUAGUUAUUAAUUUACACAUCUACAGGAUAUAUAAAUAUAGAUCUAUAUAUAUGAAGCGUAGAUAGUAAGGGAAGCUAGGGAUCUUAAGUAAACGACUAUUCGAGUGCUAAUAAGAUAUAUAUAUAUAUAUAUAUAUAUAUAUAUAUAUAUAUAUAUAUAUAAUUCGCCCGCGACAGCCAAGUGAGAAUGUGAAUAUUUGAUUACGUUAACGAAGCGCUUAUCUUAUAUUACGGCGAAUCGAGUUUUAUGCUUUAGGACAUAUACAUAAUUAAUUAAAAACUUAGCCAUUCGAAAUUAUGUUUAAAAAGAAAAGGCUAUAACGAUUGCGCUCGUUCGCGGCCAUGCGUUUAUACAAGUUAUGAUUUUUACUUUUAUUUCGAUUCGAUGUACAGUAUAAAUAUAGAAUAUAGGUAACUGCAUCCUUCCAUCGUAAUUAUAAUUCAUAGAACACUUAUUUCUCUCAUUUUGCAGUUCUGCAGUUGAUUAUCCUCGUGAUUGUUACUAUAUACGCCGGAUGAUAUAUUAACGAGGAUUAUUAUUGCAUCGCUUUUUACGAAGUGGAAUGUUGUAACACUCAGCUGCCGAUUAUACAUUUAUAAUAUAUACUCGACAUGCCAAUCAAUGUUUAAUUGAUCUGUACUGGUUAACUGUUGUUGAUUUCAAAAAUAUAUGAAACGGAUGUAAAUAAAGUUUUUAAACGUAUAAAGCGCCGACGUUCACUCAAACACUUUUAGCACAAAUGAUUUCUACAACUGUACAAUAAAAACGAUACUGUUAUAAAAAUAAUCGGAUCCAGGCUGUUACGGAUCCAUCACUAGCCACUCUUGAGAUGUCUGAUGUAAAAGGAGUAUAGCCGAACAUACUUGGAUUCAAUAUGAGUGAAAAUAAUUAUAUAGGCACUAGACAAAUAACUUGGAAGCUAUAUGUAACCGCUCAAAUUCAAUGUAAUUAAUACGUGUAUAUUAGAUGAAAAGGUGAUUUCUCAAUGGACACAGGUAUAAAAUGUCUCACUUGAAGCAUUUAGAAGAACAGUAAUAACUUCAAAACAACAGCGCAAUAUCUAUAUAUUCACAAAAUAAGACUACUUUCGAAACACGCAUGCUGCAGCCGUGACAAGCACACACUGCCAAUUCGAAGUAUCUAAAUUUUGUAUGAAACACAAUAAACAGCCUGCGCUCGCAUACAAUGUGUUUCUGAAAAAGAAAAUAAUCUUAUUUUAUAUACCAUAGAAGAUGACGAUAAAGUCCAUAAAUUUGAUUUAUUUUACUACCCCGUAAACGUAAUAUUGAAAAAUUACGUUUGAACACUUUUGAUAACAAACAAUGUCAACUAAAUGUAUACACGAAAAAUAUAACUGUAAUCUAAAGUAAAUUUUGCAUGAUUCUGCCUAUAAGCAAGACCUUUCUGUCGAAAUUGCAUCGAGUACUGGCCGGCAUCUAUGUAAAAGCAAAAAGUCUAUUAUGUCGAAGCACAGUUAGAAUUAUUGUCAAUAGGCGUCAUUCGCCGAAUAAAACAACGCGUGGAAAUUCAGUUAAAAAUUAGAUUGCAAAAAUUAAAUAAAUUGUAAUAGAUUAAAUUGCUACAAUUAUAGGCUAAACUGCGAGUACUCUAGAAAAGAAUGGUCUACAAUUAAAUGACUGAUAUAUACCCAAAUAGAAAAACAAACAAUCUAUGACUGCCAGAGUAUCGUUGGUAAAUGAACCUUUUCGACUUUUUGUCUAUCAAGUUCUAGAGCAAAGAAAAAUUUGGUCUAUGGAAUCCAAACUACCAGGAAUCAUGCUAAGUGCGUCUGAUUUUAUUUGAAAAACCAGCCAAGUUUAACGAGCCAUCGCAUCGACUUGCGACAGAUAAAUCAUAACGUAUUAUUUUUAUAAUUUUUCAUCCUAAAACACUCGAAGUGAUGACUCGCAUUAACAAAGCUGUUUCAUUUUUUGUUGUUUUUUUUUUUUACUUUUUCUUGCGAAGGAAGCUUUGCACAAAUGGGUGCACAGUAAAAAAAAGAAUUCGCGCGUUCGUCUAAAUAAACGUACAUACACACAAGUCAUGUCGCUCAAUCUAUGUAUACAUUGUAAACGGAAACCCACGCAUACACUCGCAACUACAGCAUUGACACAAAAUAUAAAUAAAUACAACUAAUUAGAGUGCAUGUAUGAACAAAAAAAAUGUUAUUGCAAACGACCGUACGAACAUGACUGAUCCUAUAAAACUGUUAGAAAAUAUCAAAUAUCAAUUGUUUAAAUGUAAACUUGUUUUUGUAGUGUGUUCAGUCUAAAAUUUGUGCGACUGACCGUGAAAAAAAGUAACUCUUAUUGCGCCGAGAAUAAAAUUGUAAUUCUCAUAAGGACAGAAUGAUUUUUAAAGAAUGUCAAGGUUCGAGAUGUGAUCAAAGAAAAGCGAUAACUCAUAACUGCCAUGAGUUUUUGUAAAAGUUUAAGACUUUCAGUGCUUUUUUAGAAGAUUGAGGAAUACGAUGUGUGAUUUCCCUAAUGUUUAUUGUAGUUAAUACUUACUUCUUUAGUAUUUUUAUACGCUUUUUUUAUCUGCUGUUAAAUCAAGAUGAUUUAUUACUAUCAAAAACUUUUUGUUGCAACCUUUAAGUUUCUUAUGCAUGUGGGUAAAGGGUCUUAGACCACGAAAAGCCUUGCUUCUCGAAACUAAAGACCAUAAAAUAUCGAACAACAUUAGAAAAAAAGUCAUAUCAAUUAUUAGAAAAUAAUAUGAAUGGAUAUGAAGCGGUGCCGAAAAUGAAUCCCUGUCUACAAGGCAAAAUCCUCAGAGUAGUAUUUCGAGAUGCAAAAUUUUCGCAAAACGUAUUCAAAUAAAUAUCAUAUAAGGCUGACGAAUGUUUUAUUUCAAGCGAUACUAUUCUCUUUUUACACUUUGUAAAUACAAACGCGAAGCGAACGAUAAGUCAAAAAGGGAAUCUGGGAGCUGUAUGUUUUAUAUAGAAUAUUAAUUUAUUUAUUAUUGAAUCAGGGGGUGAUCGACAAUGGUGAAAAGAGAAAAGCGCGUUAAGUGCGAUGUAGCUCGAUUCGAGUUAUUAACCUUUAUUAUGAUAGUUUAAGAAACACAAAACACGACUGUAGAUAAUCCAUAACAAUCACUAUUGUGGAGUACUACGUACGUAUAUUAGUGCAUAUUAUAUACCGAUAAUGAUUAAUAAAAGUAAUGUUAAACAAA